CAGAGUUAUGUAAGGAGGCAGGAGAGAAAGGAGGGUCGCUUUUCCUAGAAAAGUGCAAGUGAAGACAAGAACAGUGCCAGCAGAAACACAACGGAGGAACAAGGAUGGAGAAAACUUUUGAUCCAGAUAAGAUGGCUGCACUCAGACCAGAGCUGAUCAAUUUCCAUGGAGUCUCAAUGAGCCACUACUUUGUAGACAACUGGGAAAACGUUCAAAACUUUCAGGCUAGGCCAGAUGACAUAUUGGUUGCAACUUACCCCAAAGCCGGAACCACGUGGGUCUCCUACAUCCUCGACCUGCUGUAUUUUGAUCAGACAGCUAAAGAGCGUCAGACGUCCAUCCCCAUCUAUGACAGAGUACCCUUCUUAGAGAUAGCCCUCCCAUCAAUGGAUACAGGAAAAGAUCAAGUGGACAAGCUCCCAACCUCUCCUCGGCUCAUUAAAACUCAUUUUCCAGUCCAGUUUGUGCCAAAGUCCUUUUGGGAGCAGAACUGUAGGAUGAUCUAUGUAGCCCGCAAUGCCAAAGACAACAUGGUUUCCUACUUUCACUUUGACAGCAUGAACAGUGUCCAGCCCCUGCCUGGAGACUGGAACAACUACUUCCAUAGAUUCAUGGAGGGAAAGAUGGUGUUCGGAUCCUGGUAUGAACAUGUGUCCGGCUGGUGGGAGAAAAAGAAGACGUAUCCAAAAAUCCAUUACAUGUUCUACGAGGAUUUGAUUGAAGACACUGGACGAGAAAUUGACAAACUCUGCGACUUUCUUGGGCUGACUUCCUCUGUUGAGGAGAGGGAAGGAAUUGUGGGACGAGCUCAGUUUAGUAGUAUGAAAAAAGACAGCAUGGCCAACUACUCCACACUUCCUGUAAUGGACUUUAAAAUAUCUCCUUUCAUGAGAAAAGGAAAGGUCGGAGACUGGAAGAACCAUUUCACUGUUGCCCAGAAUGAAGAGUUUGAUGAAGACUACAAAAAAAAGAUGAAGGAUCCGUCACUCAGGUUUCGCUCUGUAAUUUGAAACCAGCUCUGAACAAGCUGUGUUCAUGUGGAGACAUAUGACUGAUGGACAUGUUACAUUACUUUAAUAAAAGAAAAUAUAAAUAAAAUAGAAAAUAUAUGUAAAGUCACCUCAUAUGUGAUAGUAGGCAAGCAAAGUAUAUCAUUUUAUAAUAAGCCUUGUGUUAGCUUGCAUGUGUUUCAUUAGAGACAAGCUGUAGUAGUCUUUUUUAAUCUUUUAUACUGACACUCUUGAAAUCAGUCUGAAUAAAAAAUA